CAAACACUCGCCCCAAACACUCGCCCCUCAGCAGCGGCCUAUCGGGAGCUGUGUUUCACGUCCCCCCCCCCACCACCCUGUUUUUUGUUCCUAAUUCCUCAAGCGGGUGACACUUCAGCGCAUGCACACACAACACGCACGCACGCACGCUCCACGUGGAACCAAAAGGAGGAGUUUUUUUUUAGUCACCGUAAGAUUCUUGUAGAGUACGGACGCAAGACACCGCUAUCCAAGUGUCGCUGGUGGGCAAGGGGACUAGGCGAAAUGGAACCACGCAGAGCCCCCUUUGCCAGAUGUAUCGCUGUUUGCGCGCUGAUGUGCCUGGGGGUAUCUGUGAGCCACGCGACAGCACAAACGCAGGCGAGCACCACGCCGAGCGCGAGUCCCACGGUGUCAUCCGCAAGUGACCAAUCGCCAAUGAGUACACUGGCAGCUGCAAAGCCGUCAGUGCUCCCGACGGCGAACACUUCACGUAUGGCGAACACCUCUCGGCAUAAAAAUGACAUUUUAAACUAUAAUGCCUCCACAGCGGACAAUCUGACCACGAUAACCAGCUCAGUUUCACCGAAAGAUUCUACAACUCCGACGAACAACCAGACCACGGGAUCCACGCUUCCUUCACCCGGAGGUUCUACAGUCGCACCGAGCAACCAGACCUCAGGACCGACCGCAUCUUCACCCAGCGGUUCUACGCCUGUGUCCACAACGUCCGGACCGAGCACAGGACCGACCCCAUCUGCUUGCGAGCAACCAACGGCUUUUCAAUGUCACCGUUUCACCGACGGUGCCAAUUCUCUCAUCUUGUGUCGCUGGGAAGGAAAUCCACGUGACACGUGCCCUGGGUACACGGUGCACUGUGCGGCAAAUACGACAUCCGUAGGCCAACCCCAGUCCUUUACCAAUACUGCAGAACACAUUAUCCUUUUUCAGAAUGUACUAAAUGACAUCAACUACAGAUGUACCUUGAAUACUAGCAACUACCCUGAAUCCAUUUCUCUUGUGACAAGAAAAACAUCCGGGACCUUCAAAGUUGCAGUCGUUUUCAAGAACCUCCUGGGUAAUGGAAAAGGCAAAGUAAUACGACGGACUGAUGCACUCGAAUUCAAAGAAAAUGAAUCCGGACAUUACGAGAAAACCUUUGAGACAAACAAUCGCAUGGAAUGGGAAAAUAAAACAUUCACAUUUGUGCUGGAGGCUGGUGAUUCUGGGUUAAGCAGCGGACAGAUCGUCACGAUUGUGUUGUUGUUGGUCAUAGUCGUAGUCUGCCUGAUUUUUCUACGGAAAUUCUACCUGAAAAUCAGAAAGCUUGAGAGACAAUACAACAAUGACGAAGGGGUGUGCUUGCUACCAAAAGGCAUCCGCGGGUUUCAGAAGGAAACUAUCGUCAAGGAAUCGGCUCCAAUCCCCGCAAAAGUGUUGCGCCAAACUGUACAGACCAAAUCCGCGUCGGGCUCCAAGCUGUUUCAGGAAGAGUUCAGCAAUUUUCCACGAAAGAUAAAUAAGUACUCCCAGCAAGAGGCAACUCAGGAAUACAACACCAAGAAGAACCGCUACUCAGACAUUCUCCCGUAUGAUCACAAUCGAGUGAAGCUGAGCGGUGAAGGAGAAAGCGACUACAUUAACGCAAGCUACGUUGACGGCUACAAGUCGUCCAUCAGAUACAUUGCUGCGCAAGGUCCCCUAGAGAACACCGCGGGUGACUUCUGGCAGAUGAUUUGGGAGAAAAAAAGUUCCGUGAUAGUCAUGGUAACCAAAUGCGAGGAAAUGGGAAAGGUAAAAUGCUUCCAGUAUUGGCCACAUCCUGACGAAGACAAAAGGGCGUACGGGGAUGUGACUGUGACUAUCAUGGAUGAGAAGCCCUACGCAGACAUCGUCAUUCGAACACUCUCCAUAUCCCACAGCAAGCACAGAGGGUUUGGAGCUCACUGGGUGACCCACGUGCAGUUGGUGAGUUGGCCCGACCACGGCGUGCCCGAGGAUCCCAACCUGCUGCUCAAACUGCGGCGACGCGUCAACUCGUUCAACGGAGCCGGCUGCACAGCCGUCGUCGUCCACUGCAGUGCUGGAGUAGGGCGGUCUGGAACCUACAUUGGUCUCGACUGCUUGGUGAGGCAGCUGGAGAAUGAAGGUCAUGUGGACGUGUAUGGAUGCGUCUUUCGUCUUCGGCACCAGAGACCUCUCAUGGUGCAAGUGGAGAGUCAAUAUGUGCUACUUCACCGGGCACUUCUGGAACAUCACCUCUUUGGAAACACCGAGCUGAGCAUGGCCAAGCUCCACUCAAGAGUCCAAGGCAUGAAGUUCAAGGGUUCCCAGCAAGACGAGUCACCCGUGGAUGUCGAGUUUAAGAGGCUGCCAACGUUUGAAGGCACGUUCGCACAAAGAGCGGGCAGGAACAGCAACAACGUCAACAAGAACAGGAGCACGAAUGUCAUCCCGUACGACUUCAACAGAGUGAAGCUUUGGAAGUUUACUCCUUCCGAAAUAAAUGAUGAGAACGAUGACAAUAAUUCUGAUGAGUAUGAAAGUGACAAUGAAAACAGUGAUAAAGACUACAUCAAUGCCUCCUUCAUGGAUGGUUAUCACAAGCAAAAGAGCAUCAUAGCUACUCAGAAUCCUUUGCCCGACACCGUGUCCGACUUUUGGCUCAUGGUGGUCCAGCAAAACUGUAGCCACAUUGUCAUGCUGUCAGAGCUGUCAGAGGGAGGCAAGGAGCAGUCUGCCCACUACUGGCCGGUGAAAGGAACGCAGAAUUAUGGCGCCGUCGGGGUGACCGUGAAAAACGUGACUUCCAGACGGGACCUCGUUGUCCGGGAGUUGUCGCUGACUUAUGAAAAUAAAGAGAGUGUGGUGACCCAGAUCCAAUACCCACACUGGAAACCAGACGGACUUCCCAAGUCGCCCAAGGCUCUAGUAUCCAUUAUGAAUGCGGUCCAGGGCUGUCAGAAAGAAAAUGGCAACCACCGACACAUUGUUGUCCACUGCAGUGACGGAGCGAGCCGAACCGGCACAUUCUGCGCACUUUGGCACACCCUUGAGGCUGCGCGCAUUGAGGGGAUGGUUGACUUCUUCCAGGCGGUGAAGUGGCUAAAUAUGCAGCGUCCGGAAAUUGUCAAAAAUAAGGUCCACUACCGCUUCCUGUACGAGACCGUCUGCAGCUUUGUGAAUUCGACUAAUGGCAUACAGAAUGCGUAUACGGUCGCUCUGGAAAAUGUUGGAUCAAUGCAUUCAGUCGACAUUAUAUCAGAACUAUGAUACAAAGAACGAACUGGUACAUAAUUCAACUCGAAUUACACCUCGUUCAAUUCCAUUGGUAACUGCUUCGUUUCAGUUCCCGACUCUGCAUUCAUGUUGCACCCUACACUCAGGGAUUUGCAGUUUUAGGAAACCAAUGAGUGGUUCCUGUAUGUCCAAAACAACAUGACCAAAGAGACACAAUACAGGUGGUGUUUACCUCUUAUGAUUUAAAAGACGUGUAUAUAUUGAGCAUAAUUUUUUUGUAAAGUACAUUUUAAAAUUUGUAUGGACUACUUCUCUCAAACUCAGCUGGACAAUGUCAUAAUCUAAUUAUUUAGCUUUCGUUUGGAGAUUUUGUUUACUGUUCACUGCUGUACAAAUUUUACUCUGCUAAAAAGAACACAUUUACAAACUGCAGCUGCCGAUUUUUACGCACGUGAAAUUGCAGUCUAAAAAUGUCUCAUUAACUCAGCGCGCUCAUUACAAAUUCUAUAAGGAUGAGAAAUAUCUUGCUGAACCCCCAGCAACUCCACAUAACCCGAGUAAAAAAAAAAAACCCCAUCAAUAAUGUUCUAGAUGGCCUUCCCAAGCCACCACUUGGCUUUAAUAUCCUCAUUUUAUAAGCAAACAAAACAAAGUUUCCUAUAUGGAUUCCUAUCUGCCUGGCUGACGCGCGGCCAAGUGCGCGAUAGCGGAGACAGGGAGGUAAGGGAGGAAAGGAGUGAAAGGGCAUGUAACGGAGAGGAAUGGAAAGAGCAAAACGGAAAAAAAUUAAAGCGAGUGAAAACGACAAGCAGUGCGCGGGAGGAUUUGGGAAGAGGCAAGAGAUUAAGAUGUGAAAGAAAAAAUUGGGAAUAAGGAGAGCAAGUGCGAGAGAAACACAGAGAUAGGGGGGAAGGGGAAGAGGGUGAGAUACAUUGGAGGCAGAGGAGCAUAGAUGGAGCGAUAACAGGAUACAUAGGAAUAGAAACAGGGAAACGGAGACAAAGCGAGAAAUGGAGAUAGAUUUGGGAAAGGUGGAGACACGGCUCUAGAUAUAUAUAAGAAGUAUACAAAGUUUGACUGGCUGGGAGACAGACGAACACGUCCAGAGGACGUGCAGUUUGCUAGUAUUAACUAUUACAAUCGUACAUUGUAAAAUGGAAUACGUCCAAGAAGACAUCUACCGAGUUGGAGCAAUGCAAUCGGUGCAUGUGUAGGUGCUGAGUGGAUUAGAUAUCGCAGAAUUGUGAAAAGACCAUCCAGUAGUCGAUUGACCAUGGUUGCUCAUGGUCACGACAUUCUAAAUGCUAUACCAUAUAUACAUGGCUAAAACCGUGUUGUUAAAAUGUACUGCAAAUGGUUUACCAUCUACAUAGAGUAUCGAAGCUAAAAUGUAUUGCCAGCAAGGAAACAAACCAAUUUCUUCAGAGAAAGAUUAAAAACAGUUUCGUCGGUAUUUAUUGAACGGCCGUUAAACCCGUUUAAAAUCUGAAGUGAAAUUGUCAUAGUAGAACGUGUAAUGGUAACUUAUAACAUGCCAAAUUGACCCAGGUCAGAGUAAAUAGUGCACUUUUCACUGUAAAUGGUUUAGCUCUGCAAAGGGCAAAAUGUGUGAAAAGGGUAAGCCAGUUGUUGCACCAAAAUAAGGUUUCCAUUUUCCUCGCACAUUUAAGGAGCAUAUAUAUUGUCUACUUGUGAUAACAUACAUCGCUUUACGUUUUGCAUAUUUGUAUGCUGUUAUUUAAUAGGCACCACUGAAAAGCUGAACGAAUUUUGUCGAAAUUGAUGAUGCUUCGUCCAGAUAAAACAUAGGCUUGGUGCAAGGUUGUUCCAGAAAAUCUAAAACAUUGCUCGCGAGUAAAAAGUCCGUUCCAGUCCACUGGAUAUACAGGCAAUGUAACAAAAGAUGUCACACCGACAAUAACAAGGAAUUUGUUGCGUUUUCAUGCAAUUUAAAUCCCAAAUUCGCUACCUAGCUUUAUGCAUAUUACUUUCUGCAAGUGAAGAGACGGAGUCAGUGUAUUGCAUUGCAAGCAAUGGUGUGUUUUGCAACUUCCUUUUUAAGCGAAUAUAUUUUGACUUUUACGUUGUUGCAUUUUUUAGCAUAUUUUUAAGUUAUGUUUUGCCAGUUUGAUUUAAAGAUACAAUAUAUCAAAUGAUCAGAGUAUCAAAUUAUUUCAUUGAUUAUUCGUGUUUGUUAGAAUAACUUUAUAAAUUGUAUUAAGUAAAUAGUAAGCAGUGUAACGUGCUUUAACUAAUAAUGUAAUAGCCUUAAAACAAGUGAAACGCUUAAUGAUUGCAAUUCAAGUGCCUGCUUUGGUCUGCACUUCCGUUAUUGUGCUUGCACUAUCAGAAACUUAGAAUGAACAUUUGGCAAGAGAGCCACAUCGUCUCAAACAACACCAUGAGGUCAAUGUAUUUGGUUUACUGGUUUCAAAACCGGCCGAAUCUUGAUUAAAGGAUUAUUUUUUGAUUACAGAUUGUUAGUAAAGAUGUUUACCAACAAACUAUUAUUUUUCAUCAAUUUACUUUUUGUUAACAUUCCAGAAAGUGCUUGGUUUUGUUUGAUGUUUUGUAAAGAUGUCGGUAAAUAAAAACAUAACAAAGA